GAAUAAUUUUGGUAAAUAUUUCAAUUGAAAAUGGAUCUCUCAGAUGAGAGAGAAACAAAAGAUGAAAUAGCACAACCAGUUAGCAGACAAGAUAGUCAAAUUCUAAAAGAAAGUGAUAUUAAAAGUAUGUACGAUUCACUUUCUUCGGCAAAAAGUCGAAAAGUCACUUUAAAUCAAAUAUGUCGUUGUUUACAAAUGCUUAAUCAAUGUCCUAAUUCAGCUACUUUGGAUAAAAUCUAUUCUGAUUAUACACCUGAAGAUAUGGAAGGGACUGGAUCAGAGAGUAUUGCUAUAGAUUUGAAUCAAUUUACUGAAAUAAUUCAAACAUAUUCCUAUACAAGAGAGGAAAGAUUGAAUCAACUGAACAAUGCAUUUUUGUUUUUUGAUAAAAAUGAAUCUGGUGUCGUGGAUACAGAACCAAUGAAAACAAUGCUGUUAACUGUCGGUGACUGUUUUACAGAUAAGGAGUGUAAUGAAUUUUUUAAAGAAGCUGCACCUGGAACAGAUGGCAAAUGGCCUUAUGAUGAUUUUGUUAAAAAGCUGGUCGAUGCUUAUCCACGUCCACAAUCAAAGAAAGCGAAAUCUGCAGGAACAGGUAAAAAGAGGAGUGCUAGAAAAUGA